AUGAAUGUUGGAGUUGCCCACAGCGAGGUGAAUCCAAAUACCCGUGUAAUGAACAGCCGUGGUAUGUGGCUGACAUAUGCUUUGGGAGUUGGCUUGCUUCAUAUUGUCUUACUCAGCAUCCCCUUCUUCAGUGUUCCUGUUGCUUGGACCCUAACAAAUAUUAUACAUAAUCUGGGAAUGUAUGUGUUUCUGCAUGCGGUGAAAGGAACACCUUUUGAAACUCCUGACCAGGGUAAAGCAAGACUCCUAACUCACUGGGAACAACUUGACUAUGGAGUACAGUUUACAUCUUCACGGAAGUUUUUCACAAUUUCUCCAAUAGUUCUAUAUUUUCUGGCCAGUUUCUAUACGAAGUAUGACCCAACUCACUUCAUUCUAAACACAGCUUCUCUGCUGAGUGUGCUAAUUCCCAAAAUGCCACAACUACAUGGUGUUCGGAUCUUUGGAAUUAAUAAGUAUUGA